AGUUGCCGCCCGGGAGGCGCGCGCGCCGGGCGGCCGAGGGGCGGGCGGCGGCGGGGACGCGGCGUCGCGGCCGGGCGCGGGGAGCGCGGAGAGCGCGGGCGGCGGCGGCAUGGGCACCCGGCAGACCAAGGGCAGCCUGGCGGAGAGAGCCAGCCCCGGCGCGGCGCCUGGCCCCCGGCGCGAGCGGCCCGACUUCUGGGCGUCGCUGCUGCUACGCGCCGGGGACAAGGCGGGGCGCGCGGGCGCGGGCGCGGGGCUGCCCCCCUACCACCGGCGCGUCGGCAUGGUCCAGGAGCUGCUGCGGAUGGUGCGCCAGGGCCGGCGGGAGGAGGCGGGGACGCUGCUGCAGCACCUGCGCCAGGACCUGGGCAUGGAGUCGACCUCGCUGGAUGACGUUCUGUACCGCUACGCCAGCUUCCGGAACCUGGUGGACCCCAUCACACAUGACCUCAUCAUCAGCCUGGCCCGCUACAUCCACUGCCCCAAGCCGGAGGGCGACGCGCUGGGUGCCAUGGAGAAGCUGUGCCGGCAGCUGACCUACCACCUCAGCCCCCACUCCCAGUGGAGGCGGCACCGCGGGCUGGUGAAGAGGAAGCCGCAGGCCUGCCUCAAGGCCGUCCUGGCUGGCAGCCCUCAGGACAACACGGUGGACCUGUCAGGCAUCCCGCUGACCUCUCGUGACCUGGAGCGGGUCACCAGCUACCUGCAGCGCUGCGGGGAACAGGUGGAUAGCGUGGAGCUGGGCUUUACAGGCCUCACGGACGACAUGGUCCUGCAGCUGCUGCCGGCGCUCAGCACGCUGCCCUGGCUGACCACGCUGGCGCUCAACGGCAACCGGCUGACGCGGGCCCUGCUGCGUGACCUCACGGAUGCCCUCAAGGACCCCAGUAAGUUCCCCAGCGUCACGUGGAUCGACCUGGGCAACAACGUGGACAUCUUCUCACUGCCCCAGCCCUUCCUGCUCAGUCUGCGCAAGCGCUGCCCCAAGCAGGGCCACCUGCCCACAAUCCUGGAGCUGGGCGAGGGCCCGGGCUGUGGGGAUGAAGCCCGGGACGAGACGGUAGGCCAGGAGGACCCUGGAGGGGACCCUGGAGCCCCUACCAGAGCCCAGGAGAGCAGGGAAACUGGAGGUGCAGCCCAGACGUGAUGGAUGCGGGGGGCCUCACCAGGGAGUCCUACUGGGUAGGACAGCUGGACAGGCUGGGGGUCCCCUGGGGUCUCUGCCUAGCGUCCGACUGUAUUAGCCUGGGCAGCACCCCCCCACAGGAAGCCAGAUGGUUGGUAGCAUCUCAGAAGGGGUGAUAACUCCUUUGGUCCUCUGGGUAUCCCCUCCUCACCCCUUGUCUGCCUCCUGGAUCCAGGGUCACCCCCCUCCCCCGCUCUAGAGGAACCGGCCUUCAGCCUCCAAGCGCUGGAAGUUCUCCCCCCCAGAAAAGUGUUAAUUGGAGCCGUAUGUGUCACUCAGCAUUUUUUUGUGUCAUAUUUGGGGGAGCAAACUCCAGUCAGCCAGCUGGACAUGCCCCUGAUCAAGGCAGCGACAACUUGUAACUCCUGCACAUAGGCUGGGUGGGGGGGCUCACUGCCAGACCCCCCCCAAAACUAGUCCCCAUCUGUCUUCUUUGUGGAGCCCUGGGCUCCUUGGAACCAACCUGCCAGUCUCAGUCUCCGAUCCCAGGGGCCUCCCUGGGGUGGGCAGAGCUAUCCCCUAUCCCCUUCACCACUUAGGGCGUUAAGUCUGGGGCAGACUGUCUACCCCUCUGCUCAGAUUACCUGAUUUGACAUGGGCUAGUGUUGGCCAGAGCGAGCCCUGCUUCCUUUUCCUUUUUCCUCCCAAUGCAUGGAAUCCCUCAUCCUUGCUACAUUCCCCAAAACCCAGAACCCCAAAGCCAGGUGCCUCCCAAGACAGCUAGAAGUGGGGGGGGGGGGGCCUGGGGGAUGACUGGAGGUUCCCAAAGGGAGUAAGACAGGGUUUCGCCCUCCCACCCCGGUAUCCAAAACCUACCAACCAAAAAAUAACCCCUUCUAGGCACAAUUAGCAAGUCCAGGAAGAUGGGGAACCAGAGCCCCUCACGCAAACAGCAGGGCUGGGGAAGCACAGCUGGACAGGCCCUCCAGCCUCCUGCCAGGUAGGUCUCUAGGCCAGAAGGCAGGACAAGGGCUGGGGGUGACCCCCCACACCAGACUGGAACCUUGAGUGCUACUAUCUGGGCAGAUGUGGGGCAGCUUCAGCAGCUAGAGAAGUCCAUGGGAAGGACAGAGAGCCCAGAGCAACACGAAGUGAACUCCCUUAAAGAGAUAGCUUAAAUGCCGGGGUAUUUCUGCCAUGUCUCAAGAGGGGAAGGUGAUAUGUACCAAUACCUGGACUGCUAAUACUUAUCAGCAGUGAUCUAACUUGACCUUUUCUUCAAAUACACAUUUUUAAAGAA